AGACAUCACUUCCGUAAACAAACCAGCGGGUUCGUGCAAAGGAUAACAUCCAUAGGUUGAUCUUGAGGAAUCCAACACAAAUUGAGGAAGGACGGCUGUUGAACAUGGAUGAUGUUUGUAAAGAAUUGGACACAGUUGUGCUGGAGUUUUUUCAAACUCUUACAGACUUUUACAUGGAGCAAGAAAAGCUGGGUGAAACCCUGAAGUCUGGAUUAUUGAACAUGUCAAGAGCAAGAUACAGCAUGGGUACACAGGCAGUUACUAUUGACAAAUGUGAUAACAGCAAGAUGGUGGCUGCGGUCAAGGUAAAAGUCUCCCAUGACAAUCAGCUGACCUCAUUUAAACCUAACCCUGACCUGGAAGCUCAAUUUUGUGAAAUUAACCUUGGAGGACAAGAAUCAAACUUUGAAUCAAGCAUCAGAAAACGUACAGUAACAAAUAAAAAGAAUGUUGAAGGAUAUGUCAACGGAAGCUCACAUAUUGAGGACAUUGAAUUGAAUGAAAAACAAAAGAAAUCAGAUCACAAGAAAGUGGUUGACCCUCUGAAUUGGUUUGGUGUUUUGGUGCCACCUGCCUUACGACAGAGCCAACAGGACUUCAAGAAAACUAUUGAAAGUGGUGUGAAUGUGGCAAACUUGAAACUGAGGCUUCAAACUUUACAAGCAAAGUAUGAAACUUUGUUGGCACAGAAGAAAGAUCUGAAGAAAAAUGAGAAGUAAUGCAGUUGUAUGUUUUUUAUAGAGAUACACUGUAUUUGUGUUAUGUUUGUACCAUACUUUUUUCCAUAUUGACAGCUUAAGUGGCUAAUGUUAUGAUAAAGUUGUUAUAAAAUUUAUCAUGAUUUCUUACAUGUACAUGUAUAUCUUGGGCAUACCAGUACUGUUACUUUCAAACUGAAAGUGGAUUAGCUAUGUUCCUUGUACUUUUUCAAGAAAAUUACACUAUAAUAGACAAAGUUCUAAAUGCAAAUAAAAUGUAUUUUGAUAUAUGUACUAAUGAAAAGUCCAAACUUUAGUUAAAUAACUGAAUAGCUUUUAAUUUCACAAAGAAUUUAUUUAUAACAAAAAAGUCCUUCAUACAUUUUUUGUUUUAAUAAAGGUUUUAUGGUUAGAUGUUAAUUUGCUUUUGAGUGUAUGUAAUAUAUGUAUUUAGUGAUUUAAAUUAUUGAGACUAUACUUAAUAACAAUUUUGUUUAUACUUUUCUUUACUUAAAAUGACGCAAAAUACAAAUAUUGAAUGCCA